AACCCUGGCAUAUACUGAUCAGCAUGAUUUUCUCCGGACAUCCUGAUGAAGACACAGCUGUACGAAUCCCUUGCUACAGCCUUGGAGCCUGCUACUGCUUCAUCCUGCUGCUCAUGCAGCUGCUCUUUCCACCUGCUGCUGUGCCUGCGGGGUGGCACCAGCAGCGGAGCCGACCUGGAGAAGCGUGAGGCUGUUGAUGGGAGAAGAGAGCCAGCGAGUGGGAGCAGACAGAGCCGAAGCCUCAGGACACAGCAGUGCCCAGCAGAAUGAGUGUGCUCAGCACUGCCCUUGAGCUGUUUGCCCUGACACCCAGUCCCUGUGCUGGAGAAAACCCAGACAACCCCAAACCCCUGUCCCUGCCUGCAGUGUGCAAACCAGUUCCCCACUCGCAUUCCCUCACCACUAAGUAACCGCUCCUUUGGGCAAAUAAACAUCCCUUUCCUCCCAUCAAACUGUCUCCCAGGUGCCUGAUGUGAGGCUGCAGCAUCACCUGAAACAGUCCCAGCAGCAAAGAAAGAGGGCAAAACCUGGCUCUUCACAUCGAAAUCCCGCAGGAUGCGGUCAAUGGCACCGUGGGGCAGUCCGUGCUCCUGCCCGUCUCAUACAGAGUCGACAGCUCCCUUCCCUUCCACUGGCAUUGAGUGGAAGUUUGGGAACAGCUCACAAGAGAUCAUCAUCUGCUCGGUGCUGAACUGCUCCCUGGAUGCUUGGGGAGCUCCCAGGAAAUGCUCUGCACGAUAUUUCCCUCAUGCCACGUAUCGGGGCCGCAUUGAGGUCUUCCCAGAGAAUGCAUCCCUGCUGCUGCGGGACCUGCGGCUCAGUGACAGCGGGGUGUACAGCAUUGUCUUCAAACAGCAAAACCAAAGCAGGCAGAUCACCCUGGCCGUAUACAAUCAGCAUGAUUUCUCCGGACAUCCUCAUGAAGGCACCAAGGACCAAGACAACCCUCAUUACUACACAAUUGGAGUUUGCUCCAUUAUCGGCCUCUUUCUGCUGCUCCUGGUCCUCUGCAUAUUGUGGCGAGUGUGGAAGAAGAGGAGAACCAUUACACAGCAGCAGGCCUCAAACACAGAGGAUUCCCACGUGGAAAACCCUGUGGUAAGGGACAUGGCAACAAUUUACGCCACAGUUGGAGAAGAUUUGGAAGAGACAAAGCCAAGAGCAUCACCAGAGACUCUCUACGCAUCCAUAAACCUCCCUCAACUGCCUUCUGCUUCGGCUCCAAGCUUUGCAGGAGACAGAUGUGCCGCAAAGCCAAGGUGAUGCUGUUAACAGUUGUGGUCAGACCUUUGGUGAGGCCACUCCUGCCCAUGGAGUGUUUAAGUGCUUGGAGCAAGAGAUUAUGGGAACGCAUUAGUUUGCCUCAAACUGCAAUUUCUCUGGAAUUUGAGGGUUGAUCUGCUUUUAGUUUCAUGUUGAGACUUCCAGAGAGCACAGAGACACCAAACGCAAGAGAAAGAUGCCUAAAGCAAAGGCAAAGCAACAGUUCACCCAUGAUAAGCUUGCUUCCAGAGAAUGCCUUAAUUUGAGGGGUAAUGGAGGACAUUGGAAGGAUUUCAGUCUUGCAUCACAGGGUCCCUUAGCAAUUGCCUUGUUAUAUUAAAAGAGUGUAUGAAGAACUUUGGA